CUCCCCCCUUGCCAGUAUCUGUGCUGCGCAGCUCUCCGAGCGGUUGCGGCCGCUGGAGACGGUUAGGACAGAGACCGUUGUGGAGGUCGCUCCCCGCGGCCAGGCCGGUGGUCCCCGCCCGCGAGCGUCGGAGUCGGCGUUGCUAGCGCCCCACGGGGUAUCUGAAGUAGAAGGGGCAUUUAAAUCAAGCGGUAUUGAAAUGGAUUGGGUUAUGAAACAUAAUGGUCCAAAUGACGCUAGUGAUGGGACAGUGCGACUUCGUGGACUGCCAUUUGGUUGCAGCAAAGAGGAAAUAGUUCAGUUCUUUCAAGGGUUGGAAAUCGUGCCAAAUGGGAUAACAUUGACGAUGGACUACCAGGGGAGAAGCACAGGGGAGGCCUUCGUGCAGUUUGCUUCAAAGGAGAUAGCAGAAAAUGCUCUGGGGAAACACAAGGAAAGAAUAGGGCACAGGUAUAUUGAGAUCUUCAGGAGUAGCAGGAGUGAAAUCAAAGGAUUUUAUGAUCCACCAAGAAGAUUGCUGGGACAGCGACCGGGACCAUAUGAUAGACCAAUAGGAGGAGGAAGAGGGGGUUAUUAUGGAGCUGGGCGUGGAAGUAUGUAUGACAGAAUGCGACGAGGAGGUGAUGGAUAUGAUGGUGGCUAUGGAGGUUUUGAUGACUAUGGUGGCUAUAAUAACUAUGGCUAUGGAAAUGAUGGCUUUGAUGACAGGAUGAGAGAUGGAAGAGGCAUGGGAGGACAUGGCUAUGGUGGAGCUGGUGAUGCGAGUUCAGGUUUCCAUGGAGGUCAUUUUGUGCACAUGAGAGGGCUGCCUUUUCGUGCGACUGAAAAUGAUAUUGCUAAUUUCUUCUCACCACUCAAUCCAAUACGAGUUCAUAUUGAUAUUGGAGCUGAUGGCAGAGCAACGGGAGAGGCAGAUGUAGAGUUUGUAACACAUGAAGAUGCGGUAGCUGCCAUGUCUAAAGAUAAAAACAACAUGCAACAUCGAUACAUUGAACUCUUCUUGAAUUCUACCCCUGGAGGUGGCUCUGGAAUGGGAGGUUCUGGAAUGGGAGGAUAUGGCAGAGAUGGAAUGGAUAAUCAAGGGGGAUAUGGAUCUCCCAUUGGGAGAAUGGGAGUGGGGAACAACUACAGUGGAGGAUAUGGCACUCCUGAUGGCUUGGGAGGUUAUGGUCGUGGUGGUGGAGGCAGUGGAGGUUACUAUGGGCAAGGUGGAAUGAGUGGCGGUGGAUGGCGUGGGAUGUACUGAAAACACUACCACCAACGUACAAGUCCUAACAGACAUCUGGUCUACUAGACUUUCUUACAGAUUUAAUUUCUUUUGUAUUUCAAGAACUUUAUAAUGACUGAAGGAAUGUGUUUUCAGGAUAUUAUUUGGUAAAGCAACAGAUUGUAAUGAGAAAAUCUGUUUUCUGUAGGUUUUAUUUGUUGCAUACUUAAAAUAAAUUUUUAUAUUCAAACCACUGAUGUUGCUACUUUUUAUAUAUAGGUCCUCUUAACGAUGUGCUUCCUUCGUAAAAUUCGGGAUGGUGUAUUACUGUUAGCUCUACAAAAAGUAGCAUAGUGCAGUGUUAGGGUAAGAUUGCAAGUCUUAAUAAGCAG